AUGAGUAGAUGCCGUGCAAACGAGCUGCUGGGCGUCAAUGGUGAGUAUGUUGCCGUCCUGGGUGGUUGCCAGAAUCUCGUUUUUGGUAGCAACAGCCCGUUCGAGCGUUGUAGUCGGAACAGCUGGACGUGGCCGCUCGCGAGCGCCAGAACGAGUGUCUGGGAGGCCGAGUCCCAGUCCAGGUCGCAGAUCUGGGUGCUGAUGCGGAUCGAGAUGGCGGUGUCCAGCUGGAGACUGGCCGAGUCCAGCACCAUGAGCCACGAGAGCGAGUCUGUGACGGCAAGAAACCGGCCGUUGGGCGAAAACCGGGCUCUGGUUGGAGCAGCACAUGCCAAUUUUAUAGAUCUCACCAGUUUGUGUGUUCUGGCCUUGAUUUCCCAGACUUUAAGCGUGGCGUCCUGUGAGAGCGAUACCAGCCGGCCGUUCUUGCGCGGAUCCCACGCCAAACACACCACCGGGUGCUCGUGUGCGGCCCCAAUCACUAUGGAGUCCUCGAGCUUCUGCUUGACAUGGUCCACUCGCGAGACCUUGAUCGAGCGGUCUGUGCGCGCACACGCGAGCCGCGGCCCGUCCACGUCCCAUUCCACAAGCACAGACCGGAACUGGGGCGGGUCAAGUGUAAGGGUGUCGAAUUCUUUGGGAUACGCAAUAGCCAUGAAGAAAUGGAAAAUAUCGAAAAAAUUACUGUUUUUAUUCACCAAAUGGUACGUGACACGUUUCCCGCUACUAACAUUAGGCGCUGCAAACUCCAAAACAGAGAAAGGCAAACGCCAAGUUUGCGAAACGCAACGAGAAAAAGGUCGGAAAGGCCAAGGCGGUCCAGAAAAAGAGAGAGCUGCCGUUGUCGAUUGGCUGGAUAGGUGA